GGCUGGCUGAGCUCUCCAGAGGGCGGGCGGGGUGAGAGGACGGGGGGGGGUCACCUUUUACGUAGUACUGCGCGCCCCGGGAGGGAGCAGAUUGUCCCCGUCUUGACUCGUGUUCAUCAAGAAGCCCCAAAAGGCGGAAAGCCGGGGUCUCUGCUGCAGGAAAGACUCGGACUCCCAGGCUACACAGGAAGGGCCCCAGAGCCCUUGGCCUGUUGGCAGCGUCUGGGGAGUCCUGUGGGCUGAAAGCACCUGUCUAAACUUGGGGAAAACAGACCGUCGGGUGAGGUAGAUGUGGGCUUGCACCUUCAGUGCCUGUCCUGUGUAAGAGGGAAGCAGGAGUGUGAGUCAACGACGGGCUUGAGCUUUCUGGAGACUUCGACCGUGAACCGCGAUAGGUCUGCUCAACGACAGAUGGAGAAAGCCUUGAACCAAGAGUGACCACCCAGUAGAACUGCAGUGGCCAGCAUGGGCAGCCCAAACUGAGAAACCUAUCUUUUUGGCCAGAAGACCAGGAAAGGGAGCUACUUUGAGCAAGAAUGGAGGAAUUCUGGGGAUGAGAGAGCUGGGGAACACACCUGUGUAAGCACCACCCAGACGAAGACAUAAAACAGUCACCACCUCUGAUGACUCUACCUUGUGCAUCUUCACAGUCGUUCCCCUCCCACCACCGAAGUGGUGACGACUCUAGCCUGACUCAGCUCACACUUGUACUUGAGGGACUGUGUGUGUGCGCAGGUGAACUGGUUGUGGACUCUGGAGGAUAAGAGACCAGGUUAAGCACAUGGAAAUUUGUUCAGCAAUUCUUUUUACAGCACUAUUUCCAUUAGUUGCUCCCAAGAGCUGGAGUUUAUCUGAUUGUGCGGUGGAUGGAAACUUCAGGAUAAAAUUCAAUGGCCGAAGGCUGAGUGAAGUUUACCCUGGCUAUGGUUAUGAAGAGGGGCUGUAAAAGGCAGCGUGUGGAGGUGGAGCCCGGAUCUGACUCCACAAGUCGGAGAAGCUCAGAUAAGGCUCUGCUAGCGGGCCUGCAAGUCAAGGAUGAGAGCCGGACCUGCUGUGGAGCGCUUACAGUCCCAGAAAUCCUGGAUUGAAGGAGUGUUCAACAAGAGAGAAUGUAACAAAAUCAUACCUAGCUCAAAAGACCCUCACAGAUGUACUGCAGGAUGCCAGGUCUGCCAGAAUUUAAUCAGGUGUUACUGUGGUCGACUGAUUGGAGACCAUCAUGGGAUAGAUUAUUCCUGGACCAUCUCAGCUGCCAACGGUAAUGAAAAUGAACCAUGGUCUGUUGAAAAGCACACGACGAAAAGCCCUACAGAUACGUUUGGCACUAUUAAUUUUCAAGAUGGAGAGCACACCCACCACUCCAAGUAUAUUAGGAUUUCUUAUGAUACAAAGUUGGAUCAUCUGUUACAUUUAAUGUUGAAAGAGUGGAAGAUGGAACUGCCAAAGCUGGUGAUCUCUGUCCACGGGGGAAUCCAGAACUUCAAGAUGCCCUCCAAACUUAAAGAGAUCUUCAGCCAAGGUUUGGUCAAAGCUGCAGAGACAACAGGAGCGUGGAUAAUAACGGAAGGCAUUAAUACUGGCGUGUCUAAACAUGUUGGGGAUGCCCUGAGAGCCCAUUCCUUCCAGUCCUUGAGAAAAAUCUGGACCGUUGGAAUCCCUCCUUGGGGCGUCAUUGAAAACCAGAGAGAUCUUAUUGGAAAAGAUGUGGUGUGCCUGUACCAGACCCUGGGUAACCCCCUCAGCAAGCUCACCACACUCAACAGCAUGCAUUCCCACUUUAUCUUGUCCGAUGAUGGGACUGUGGGCAAGUAUGGAAAUGAGAUGAAGCUCAGGAGGAGCCUGGAAAAGUACCUCUCCCUGCAGAAAAUACACAGCCGUUCAAGACAAGGCGUGCCGGUGGUGGGGCUGGUGGUGGAAGGAGGUCCCAACGUCAUCCUUGCCGUGUGGGAGACUGUGAGGGACAAAGAUCCAGUGGUGGUGUGUGAUGGCACGGGCAGGGCCGCUGACCUUCUGGCCUUCACCCACAAACACUUAGAUGAAGGGGCCCUACGUCCUCAGGUGAAGGAGGAGAUCAUCUGCAUGAUUCAGAAUGCUUUCAACUUUAGUCUUAAACAGUCCAAGCACCUUUUUCAAAUUCUAAUGGAGUGUAUGGUACACAGGGAUUCUAUUACCAUAUUUGAUGCUGAUUCCGAGGAGUCGCAAGACCUUGAUUUAGCAAUCCUAACAGCUCUGCUCAAGGGCACAAAUUUAACAGCAUCAGAACAAUUAAAUCUGGCAAUGGCUUGGGACAGAAUGGACAUUGCCAAGAAACACAUCCUAAUUUAUGGACAACAUUGGAAGGCUGGUGCACUGGAACAAGCAAUGUUAGAUGCUUUAGUGAUGGAUCGAGUGGAUUUUGUGAAGCUUUUAAUAGAAUAUGGAGUGAACCUCCAUCGUUUUCUUACCAUCCCCCGACUGGAAGAGCUCUAUAACACUAAACAAGGACCUACUAAUAUGCUCUUACAUCAUCUUGUCCGAGAUGUAAAACAGCAUGCCCUUCUCUCAGGCUACAGAAUAACACUGAUCGACAUCGGAUUGGUAAUCGAAUACCUCAUUGGUGGAGCGUAUCGCAGCAGCUACACUAGAAAAAGUUUCAGAGCGCUCUACAACAACCUCUACAGAAAACAUAAGCGAGUGACCAGUUUUGCUCAAAGCCUUUCCCAGCCCCCUCUCCACCGAAGACGCCCCUCAGGAAAUAGAAAGGAAUCUGCAGAAAGCACACUGCAUUCCCAGUUCAUUAGAACCGCCCAGCCUUACAAAUUCAAGGAAAAGUCUGUAGUCCUUCAUAAAUCAAGGAAGAAGUCAAAAGAAGAACAAAGUAUAUCCGAUGACCCGGAGUCUACUGGCUUUAUUUACCCUUACAAUGACCUGCUGGUUUGGGCUGUGCUAAUGAAAAGACAGAAGAUGGCCAUGUUCUUCUGGCAGCAUGGAGAGGAGGCCACGGUCAAGGCAGUGAUUGCCUAUAAACUCUACCGAGCCAUGGCCCAUGAGGCGAAGGAGAGCAACAUGAUGGAUGAUGCCUCAGAAGAGCUGAAAAAUUACUCAAAACAGUUCGGCCAGCUUGCCCUGGAUGUGCUGGAGAAGGCAUUCAAGCAGAAUGAAAGAAUGGCCAUGAAACUGUUGACCUAUGAACUCAAGAACUGGAGCAAUUCUACCUGUCUGAAACUGGCUGCAACUGGAAGAUUGCGGCCCUUUGUUUCACAUACUUGCACCCAAAUGCUACUGACAGACAUGUGGACUGGGCGCCUAAAAAUGAGGAAGAACUCUUGGUUAAAGAUCAUCGUAAGUAUUCUUUUUCCACCCACCAUUUUGUCACUGGAAUUUAAAAGCAGAGCGGAGAUGUCACAUGUUCCCCAGCCCCAGGACUUCCAGUUUGCGUGGUAUUAUGGCGACCAGAACCCCAGCGCAAAGGAAAGUGCUUAUAUGAAAGACUGUGAUUUGGAAAGAGGCCCUGAUGAGAAACUAGAUGAAAAUCAGCACUUCGAUUUAAAGAGCGAUCCCCAAAGCCUUCCAUGGACCAGGAAAAUCUAUGAGUUCUACAGUGCUCCAAUUGUGAAGUUUUGGUUUUAUACGAUGGCAUAUUUGGCAUUCCUCAUGCUGUUCACUUACACUGUAUUGGUGGAAAUGCAGCCCCAGCCCAGCGUGCAAGAGUGGCUUGUGAUCAUUUAUAUCUUCACCAAUGCCAUUGAGAAAGUCAGGGAGGUCUGUAUUUCAGAACCUGGGAAGUUUACUCAAAAGGUGAAGGUAUGGAUUAGCGAGUACUGGAAUGUAAUAGAAACUGUGGCUAUCGGCCUAUUUUCAGUUGGUUUCGGCCUUCGGUGGGGCGACCCUCCUUUGCACACAGCGGGAAGACUAAUCUACUGCAUAGAUAUCAUAUUCUGGUUCUCACGGCUCCUGGACUUCUUUGCUGUGAAUCAACAUGUAGGUCCAUACGUGACCAUGAUUGCAAAAAUGACGGCAAACAUGUUCUACAUUGUGACCCUGAUGGCCAUAGUCCUGCUAAGCUUCGGGGUGGCGCGCAAGGCCAUCCUUUCGCCAAAGCAGCUUCCAUCGUGGAGCCUUGCUCGAGACAUUGUGUUUGAGCCAUACUGGAUGAUUUACGGAGAAGUCUAUGCUGCAGAUAUAGAUGUUUGUGCAAGCAGUCCAUCUUGCCCUCCUGGUUCUUUUCUUACUCCGUUCCUCCAAGCUGUCUACCUCUUCGUGCAGUAUAUCAUCAUGGUGAACCUGUUGAUUGCUUUUUUCAAUAACGUUUAUGUAGACAUGAAGUCCAUUUCCAAUAAACUAUGGAAAUACAACCGCUAUCGCUACAUCAUGACCUACCACAAGAAGCCUUGGCUGCCACCCCCUUUCAUCCUGCUGAGCCACGUUGGUCUCUUUCUUCGCCGUCUCUGCCAUCACCAAGCUCCAAAUGACCAAGAAGAGGGCGAUGUUGGAUUAAAACUCUACCUGAGUGAGGAGGAUCUGAAAAGACUUCAUGAUUUUGAAGAGCAGUGUGUGGAAAUAUACUUCCAUGAGAAGAUGGAAAGUCUGAAUUAUAGCUGUGAGGAACGAAUCCGAGUGACAUCAGAAAGGGUAACAGAGAUGUACUUCCAAAUGAAAGAAAUGAAUGAAAAAGUGUCUUUUAUAAAGGACUCUUUACUGUCCUUGGACAGCCAAGUGGGACACCUGCAGGACCUCUCUGCCCUGACAGUGGAUACCCUAAAAUUCCUUUCUGCUGUUGACACCUUACAAGAGGAUGAGGCUCUCCUGGCCAACAGAAAGCAUUCUACGUGCAGAAAACUUCCCCACAGCUGGAGCAACAUCAUCUGUGCGGGGGUUCCAGGCAGCAUGGAGAUCUCUGGGGAGAAGAAAUACCAGUAUUAUAGCAUGCCUCCUUCGUUGCUGCGGAGUCUGGCCAGAGGCCAGCAUACCCUGAGAGUGCAGAGGGAGCCCCUUCUUGAGAUCACAGACAGUCAGAGAGAGGUUUCAAAUGUAAUAGAUGAGCAGGAAAAGCAAGAAAUAGAAACUACCAUAGUUGCUUCUGGGGUGUCCAUUAACAGGCAAUCUCAGCGAAAGUAUGGCCAGUUUCUCCUGGUCCCUUCUUAUCUAAAGCAAGUUCCUUUUUCUGCAGAAACUGACUUUCCUCUGUUCAGACCAUCCGUGGAAGCAGGCACAGAUGUGCUGGCAGUCAAACAGGUCACCCAGAGUGAGGUCCCUGUUCGUCUGACUUGGCAGAGCCCCGCACUCUCAGCUCAGGGCUCAGUGGCUGAACCUGAGGCACAGUACGAGUCAGUCUCUCAGAUCCCAGCCAGACAAGACAAGGGCGGGGAGCAAGUUCUACCCACUUUUAUUUGCACAUCUCCACCAAUGAAAAUGACCUCCCUCCCUUCCCAAGGCGAGAGCACGGGAACUGGAGGUGGGUAUGUGAACUGGGCAUUUUCAGAAGGUGAUGAAACUGGUGUGUUUAGCAUCAAGAAAAAAUGGCAGACCUGCUUGGCCUCCACUUGUAACAGCGACUCUAAAGAGAGCGGCCAAAGCCAGAGGCAGAUCCGAGCCAGAUCCCUAUCUGAAAACUCAUCAAGCUUGGCCCAUAGUAGUGACUGCUCAGAGGUGGGACCAUGGCUGCAGCCAAACACAUCCUGUUGGAUCAAUCCUUUCCGCAGAGAUAGGCCCUUCACUCGGAGUCACAGUUUGAGAUUCCACAAGGAGAACAAACUGAAGAUCUCUAAGAUUAAAAAUCUUUCAAGAUCCUCAGAGAUAGGGCAGUCAGCAUGGAUCAAAACAAAAAUGCUAAUCAAGGAUAAGAGAUCGUCAAAGAAGAAGAAGAAAACCCAAGGACUACAGGUGCCAGUCAUAAAGGUCGACACCUGCUCUCAAAAUGACCAACUGGAAUCAGAGCCAGGAGAAAAUAACAUCUCAGAAGAAGAGGCCUAUAGCAAGAACUGGCUCACAGUGUCCAAAUUUAGUCAGAUAAAUCUAGAACCCUCUAUAUAUCAGAAAAUGAAAACUAAAGAAAUGGAACAGCAUGCUAUCCAAGUCAGUGAUUAUCUCAAGCAGUCUCAAGAGGAUCUGAGCAAAAACUCUUUGUGGAACUCCAGGAGCACCACCCUCAAUAGGAACUCCCUGUUGAGAAGUUCAAAUGGAGUUGACAAAAUCUCAGCCUCUUUAAAAAGCCCUCCAGAGCCUUGCCAUCAUUAUUCAGCCAUUGAAAGGAACAAUUUAAUGAGGCUUUCUCAGACUAUACCAUUUACACCAAUCCAACUGUUUGCAGGAGAAGAAGUAACUGUCUACAGGCUGGAGGAGAGUUCCCCUUUGAACCUGGAUAAGAGCAUGUCUUCUUGGUCCCAGCGAGGGAGAGCUGCAAUGAUCCAGGUGCUGUCCCGCGAGGAGAUGGAUGGCGGGCUCCGAAAAGCCAUGCGAGUCAUCAGCACCUGGUCUGAGGAUGACGUUCUCAGGCCAGGGCAGGUUUUCAUUGUGAAGUCCUUUCUUCCUGAGGUUGUGAAGUCAUGGCACAAAAUCUUCCGGGAGAGUACUGUGCUUCAUCUUUGCCUCAGGGAAAUUCAACAACAAAGAGCUGCUCAAAAACUGAUCUAUACCUUCAACCACGUGAAACCACAAACCAUUCCUUACACGCCAAGGUUCCUGGAAGUUUUCUUAAUCUACUGCCAUUCAGUCAACCAAUGGUUGACCAUUGAGAAGUACAUGACGGGAGAGUUCCGGAAGUACAACAACAACAACGGUGAUGAAAUUGCCCCCAGCAACACCUUGGAGGAGCUGAUGUUGGCUUUCUCUCACUGGACCUAUGAAUAUACCCGGGGAGAGCUGCUGGUUUUAGAUUUGCAAGGUGUUGGAGAAAAUUUGACUGAUCCAUCUGUUAUAAAACCUGAAGACAAACGAUCAAGAGGAAUGGUGUUUGGACCAGCCAACUUAGGGGAAGAUGCAAUUAGAAACUUCAUUGCAAAACAUCGUUGCAACUCCUGCUGCCGGAAGCUCAAACUCCCGGAUUUAAAAAGAAAUGACUAUUCUCCCGGAAGGAUAAAUUCCACUUUUGGACUUGAUGUCAAAAUAAAACCAGCUGAGGGGCCUCUAGCAAGGGAAAGGGGUCGUAAUUCUCCGGAAGACCUCACCCGACUGUAAAGAGGGAUGGAGAAGCCAGAGGACAGCAGCCCUUGCCCUCCUUUCCGUGAACUCUGGUAACAGAGGUUGAUCGGAAUACCGUAGGUGACAGCAGAGCCUCUGUCAGGAUGGCCUUACCCCGUGGCCCCCUUGAGACAUGCCUCUGAGCCUCGCCGCUCCCCUGCCUCAAGACCUCAUUGGUGUUUGACCAUCGGGUUCUCCCAGAUACUGACGUGUGUGCGGGUGCUUUGGGAGUGUUCGCCCUCCUGGAGUUGGGUAGGAAGACACUCAGACGAGCCAGCUGGGAACACUGCUCCCUCAUACCUCACUGCUUGAGCUGGUUGCUUAGAACCCUUGGAGCAGGAUGGGGGGCACUGAAGAACCAGGGAGAUGAAUUUAAUUUAUUUUCUCACUGUGCACUGACUUUAGCCCCCACUUCUGUUCGUUACCUCACCCACAUACUGUGUUUAUGUAUGUACGUGUAUAGAAAAAAGGCAUUUGACUGCCUCCUUCCUCCUUUCCCGUGGCACAGGGCUUUGAAUAGCAACAACAGGGAGAACAAUGGAACCGGGGGACAGGUAUUUGCACGGAUUGGAGCACACUCCCACACCGUCUCACCAGUGACACAGUUAGUAUCCUGGUGAAAUCUAGAUGGAUUUGGGAUUUCGCCAGCUAAUCACAUGAUGCCUGGAUGUUUCAGGUUUCUCGGAAAGAAAGGAAAAGGAAAUCUAAAACAAAUGCUCCUGCAUCCUUUUUAAAACUUUUUCCUUAAAGGGAAACAAGGGAUACGUGGAACUGGGAACUGCCACGAAAUAUUUUCCCUUUCCUGAAGCUCAGGGGUACUAUCAGCCAGAGUUGACGAAGCCAACAUCUAAAACAGGACUCCCUUUUCCGAAGCCGUGUAUAUAAUAUUACAGGCUAAGUUAUCCUGUCAGGUCUUCUGGGGGAAAGAUGGGGUUUCUGACUGAAAAUGUGCUUCAGACGUGUUCGCUUUGUUCCAGCGCAGUGCCGGUGGCUUAAAAGAGUGCCCCAGAAAGCAUUUUAAGUACGGCCUGAGAACAUGUAAUAGGUUUCCGAGGCCCAAAGGAAGGCUCCCAGGACGCCGCACAGCCCAGGACUUUUGGGGGAUCAGCCAUCUCUCUUUUGCACUGGUCAGAGUCCCCACCUCAGAAUAAGUGUGAACUUUUCACACAAGGAGGGAAUGGAGGGCUCGAAAAAUGUCAACUCGCCUUCAUUUUUAGCCCUUACAUGAGCUCAUUAGCUUUUUCACCGACGUGCCUGCAUUUCUAGAUUGUACUUUAGGGGCAAUGUGGCCCAGGCAUAUAGGACUGGAGAGCCACCGAUUUAAUUUGCCAGGGUUGUGUCUCGUUCUUGUGUGAGUUGCAAAGGACCCAUUUGUACCCCUUGUACUUUGGUCUUGGGGGGGGUGGUGGGCAGGAAAUUUGGGUGAUUUCUUGAUUGGCAACGGGGAUAAAAUGUUAAUGCUUUUUUUCAGGGCUUAACUGCUUUAUCCUAUUCUGCAAAUCAGUAAGGGAUCUAUUGGUACUUCGGUGCUGUGCUGAACUGUGGAAAGAGGCAGUUUUAUUGUCCAAGAGCCAAACUAAAGGCGUUAAUGGAUUGCUCAAAUAUUUGUUACUUGGCAUGGAACUUGAAAACAAAUAGGUUUUGAUUUCAAAUUUCUGUGUUGUGCUUCUUCCUUCCUUUCUUUCUCUUCUUUUCUUUUCCUUCUUUUCUUUCAGAAAAAUCACCAGAAUAAUAUAUUAAAAAGAUGAAGUGCUGGGCAAAGAUCCCUGUGGGAUUGCUUGUAUGCAAAUACCAAUGUGACGGUCAUGACUUUUGAGUGAUUCAUGACCACAGAAGGGUGGGUAUUCAUUCAUUCAUUCGGUCAGCUUUAUUCCACAGUCAUUUUACCAAAGUGCCUUCUCUGUACUGUGUGAGUGUUGAGGAUGCAAUGAACAAUGCAUUUCUUUGCCCUUAAAAAACUUUGAUGUCUCGCGUUUCUGUUUUUUCCCUUUGGUACCAAGUUUGGAUUUCUGAUUAAUACUAAAAAAACUGACUUCUGGGAGAACGUUGGAUCCAGCGAUGUGUCCCAUGCUUCAUCUGCCAGCGGCAGUAGGUUCUGACUGGGAUAAGAGAAUUAGGGCAAACAAGAAGACCUGGCUAGGGCUGGUUUUAGGAAACACAGAGGAAAAAUGAACUAUACACUCCUUGCAUGACCACAAAGCCCAUCUCACAGAGGGAUCUGAAUCAGGGGACCGGAGAAGCAGCCGGGUUCACAGGAGUCCUUCCUGAAGGUGUCUUGUGUACACGUAUUCCUCUCAAUGAGGCUGUAUGUUCCUGGAGUAACUUCUGCCCCAUGACAUCUGAAAGCCUCUGACACCCCUAGGGAAUGAGAUCAGAUAGAGUUUUGGGUGUUUCUCACCCUGUUAUUAUUUUCCGUGGCUUUGCAAAACAAGUUCUAGGUGAUUAAGACUUCCCAAACAACUGUUUCCUGAAUGUUUCAAAAACUAUUUCAUUUUCUUGGUGGUGGUUGUUUGUUAACUGUUUUAGAUGAGAUGGACCACUGAGUUUCUAGAUGACUUCUGUCACUUAUGCCCCUGUCAUGAUUUGUUGUCUUUCUCCAUCAGUCACCAGCAUCUGGCACAAAACGUGGCACAUCAUAAGCUCCCAACAUUAUUUGUUGAAAGAAAUAAUAAAACCUUCAAAUGGUAAUGGAUUUCAUUCACUAGGUAAUAAAUCAGAUUUGCAUUUUUAAUCUAGAAGGGAAUGAUUACCAAUUCCUUAAGACCCCACACAAUUCUUUUGAUCUCUCUCUGUUUUAAUUUUCCAAGAAAUAGCUUUUAACAAUCUAUACCUUGUCUAUUGAAUUCUCAACCAGUUCUUGCCCAUAUCAUUGUUGUGAUACCAAAGUACGGUCCUUCUUACUGGUGACUGUUGAAAUGAGAUGAUAGCUUCCCAGAAACUGCCUAGAAAUAAUCAUCACUUUAUUACCCUUUGAAAAGAAGAUUGAUAGAAAAGUCAUUUGAAAGAUGGUUCAUUACCAUGCCCUAGUCUGAUUUCUUUACUCACAUCUCUCCAAAGCAUGAGAAAGGGAGGAUUAUUCUCUGAGGUCGGAAUUUGAAGGCUGUGUGUUUGCCUCUUUGAAGUCUUGGUAUUUAAUUUUCUGUAGUCAUAUCUUGGGCAAUUUUCUAAGAAACUAGUUGAAGCUCAUUUAUCAUAAGUUAAAGUCAAAUGACAGAAAAGAUUUUUUUCCCCUUAACAGUCUUUUAUUCCACAGAGGUUAGCUUCUGAAGGAAAAUGAGACUUAAAAUAGCAUUUCAAAUCUCCAGCCACAUGGGUGGGUCCAUAGAAUAGAAAGCGUUCUGGAAACCACACUGUUUUGUUUUGUUUUUUUAUUUCACACAGUUAUUAUUUUGUGACUUUUCUUUCUAGGCUAUGAUGUACAGAUAAAAUAUAUUUUUGUGAAAUGCCCUCCUAAAAAUAAUUAGUAAGUUGCUUAAUGUUUCAAAGAGAGAUUUUUAGUUCUCAAGGGGUAACGGACUUUGGUCUGUAUCAUUGGCAGAUUUUGGUAUAACUUUAUAUAAUUUUUUAAACCUUUCUCUUAACCCCUAACUCUGAAAUGGAGAUGAGAUGCUUACCUUUUCAAACAAAGGUGAACAGUAAUGAGAGAGCAUUUAUAAAGCCCUUUGAGAAUCUCAUUUACCAGGCUUCUUGUGAACAUGGGAUCCAGUUCAAUAAAUAAUAAGGGGUUUUCAUUUUUGAUAUUAUGUGAUCAUUAUUUAAUGUUUACAGAGGAUGCUCAGUGGACCUGUUUCAGUGUAAACACAAAAGUGGGCUCUGCUAUUUCUCCAUUUCCGAGGGGAAAAAGCUCAUCGCUCCCUUUUUGUUUUGAAGCCUAAUUAAAUAGCUCAAAAUCAAGUUCACCAUUUCACAGUGUCUCCUAUUUAUUUUGCUUUUCGAUGUAUUUUGGUUUAUGCAGUGAAUUUCUUUUGCCAUCUUCUGCCCAAAGAAAGCCUUCCAGAAAAAUGUAAAGCCCAAAUCUGGCACCAUGAUUGGUGACGUUUUUGGGAAUAAAAGGAGAGCAGGUUUAGAAUCUUGAUGUUUGUAAAGCUGAAUGUUUUACACAAAUUUUAAUUAAUGGUGACUUAAAUUUUUAUCAGUAUGGGGCUGUUUAGUAAUAAGAAAAUUCUGGCCUCUAGCUUGCCAGCAUCUUUUAGCAACUACAGUUGACCGUCGAGAAACGUGGUUAGAAUUGCACAGGUCUACUUAUAGGCAGAUUGUUCAUAGUAUAGCACUAUCAAUGUGUUUUCCUUAGGAGUUUCAUAAUAACAUAUUCUUUUCUCUGGCUUACUUUACUGUGAAAAUAGAGUUUAUAAUACAUAUAACAGUGAAAAUAGGUGCUAAUUGACUGUUUAUGUUAUUGAUAAGGCUUCCAGUCAAGAGUAGGCUAUUAGUAGUUAAGUUUUUGGGGAGUCAAAAGUGACGCAUGGAUUUCCAACUGCAAGGGGGGGUUGGUGCCCCUAAUUCCUGCUUUGUUCAAGGGUCCGCUGUAACCUCCUUUUGAAUUCUCACCUUUCCCAGUGAUUUUUUUCAUUGUGAACUUUUAGAAACCCCAUUUACUACAUUAGUAUCACCAGGUCCUCACAAAUAUUAUGGUAGAAACCCUUUGACUAAUGACUGUCCAAAUGCCUUUCCUUGGAGGCAUUUGGGGGGAUCAUUAUUGAUAUCAUGUGGUUGCAUUUUGGCUUCCAAUGAAUCUUUUUCUCUGUUUCCCUAUGUGUCACCAACUAAGAGGUUACAGAGCCUCAGGAUGCUUUGGUAACCAAAAGAAACUCUUGGUGUGUGUUAGAGGCGGAAAUGUGCCUCCUCUUCCUUCACCCCCAAAUUCAUGUGUUGAAAUUCCAACCCCCCAGUACCUCAGAAUGUGACUGUAUUUGGAGAUAAGGUCUUUAAAGAGGUAAUUAGGUUAAAUGGGGUCAUUAAGGUGGGCCCUGA